AUAUAAAAUUUAUUGUUUGAAAUAUUCAUUUAAUUACUAAUAUAUUGAGAGAUCCGAUAAAAUGUUUGCAACGGUUGGCAAACAUUUGAUGAAAAGUCAUAUGAAUUGUGUGUUAAAGUCAGUGAAGACAUCAAAUAGGUUUUUAUCGAUUGGUACCAUUCGUGCCAUCAAUACAUCCAGUGAUAAGAAAGGACAUGAAGGCCAACAUAUACCCGAUGGUGGUAUACCAUCAUAUGUGCCCGGAUUUAUGGAUCCGCAACCUAAAGGACCUCAAACUGCCAAAGAGUUCGCUGAUGUCGAGUCACAAAAGAAUUGGAUCAGUUACGGCUGGGACAUCGGCAACAUGAAAGAAGACCGCUUUCUUAAUCGUUGGGCAUUCUUCCUAUUGGUGACAGUCAUCACUGUUGUUAUGCCUUUUAUUGUUUUUCAUUAUCCGGACCAUAACCUUAAGGAUUGGUCAGUUAGAGAGGCAUACCUACAACUGGACCGAAGGGAACGUUUAGGACUUGCUUUGGUUGACAGGAAUUUAGUCGAUCCUAACUUAUUAGAGCUACCAUCAGAUGAACAGUUAGAAGACACCGAGAUCUUCCUUUAAAUCAUUUAUCAAAUUGCAUAUAAAUUACAGUAAAUGAUUACCAUAUAUACUGGUAAUUAUGUAAUAAAUUUAAUAAUUAGUUGUCUUAUAAAUUAUAUUAUAGUUACUUA